CCGUAACAGUUUUUAAAAGUUUUGCUCACAUUGCGGUACUGUUGGAAUAAAUGAUGUAGUAUAACAGCUUUUUAUUUGAAAUCAAAAUGAUUUUCUGAAAAUUUUUAAAUGAAAUGAACUUACACUGCUCCUGAAACUGAAAAAAGGUGAAGAAAAAUGACGCUUCAGCUGGACGAUAUAUUUGAUAAGCAUAGAUUGUCUUCUUUUGUUGCUUGUGUGCCUCUUUUGUUUUAUUUUCCUCUUGGAUUAUUCAUUGCAACUUUUCGCUUUUUUAUUGGGAUUCAAGCUUUUCUCCUGAGCAUUAUUUUCAUGAAAUUUCCUUCUUUACGCUGUUUUCUGUUAAGGAUUAUGUGCUCCAUUUUGGGAUUCAUUGUCUUCACAGAAUCUUCAAUGAAUCAUGUUAAGAAUACAAAAAUUGUGAUAUCCAAUCAUGUGACUAAUUUUGAUCAUUUAGCAAUAAAUAUUAUCAUGCAUACUAUUGUGCCUAGUGUUUGGGAUCUUCCAGAAUAUUUGACAUGGCUUUUAGGUUAUACCGACUUCGGUGCUUCUCAAGGCAGGCAAGUUCUGGUGCAAAAUGUAAGAGAUUUUUUAAAAAAAUCUGAAGUUCCAGUCUUGAUCUUUCCUGAGGGUGCUACUACAAAUGGUAAAAAGGGCUUAUUAAAAUUCAAUACAUGGCCGUUUUUACUUGAUCAAGCAGUGCAACCAAUUGCACUAAGAAUAAGUAGACCACAAUUAUUUCAAGUAGCCCCAUCUGUGUUGGGAAGCAGAUGGUGGUCGGAUAUGUUUUGGUUCCUUUUCCUUCCAUAUACAAUAUUUACUGUCAAAUAUUUACCCAAACAAGAAAAAGGCGAAGACUCAUCUGAUGAUUUUUGUAAAAGAGUUCAAAAUAUUAUAGCAAGAGAGCUAGGACUUCAGAUGACUAAAUAUACAUCAUCAGAUAAAGUUGAAUAUGCCAAGAAUGUUCUACAAAAUUCUCUCAGAAGGUAGAAGAAAAUAGGAGCAUGAGAAUCUUAGUAUUUGAAUGAAACUCUUCAGCUAUAGAGAAUUAUUUUUUGACUUAUAUAUUUAAUCAGUCAUAUAAUUUUACAUGAUGUACAAAAUUAAAAUUCAUGCCUACAAAUGCUGGAUUGAAAUUGCUCCUAAAAGUCAAAGUCAUAUAUGAGGACAUAGCGAUCUCAAAAAUGUUUCAGGCAAAACUUUAAUAUAUGUCAAUUUGUGAUUGUAGAACAUUUAAUUAUAUAUUAUCAUAAUUGCAGUAAUCUCUCACUUAUACAUUACCUCUUUUAUGAAUCUCUCUCAGUUCUGUGCCAGUAUCUCUGUACGUAAGUCUUAACUAAAAGUUGGACUUACUGCAGAGGACAUGUAAAAUGUGAUGUAAUUUAACUCUCAUUAAUGUAUUACUAAGUCAAACAUUUCAAUUGUUUUUGUCAAUAUUUUACUUAGUUUUUUUUUCUUCCUACUCUUUUAUAAACUCCUAUUUAAAAAUAUCACAAAAAAUUGAUGUACCUGCUUUUAAACAGUUAUUUUGAAUAAUGUGAAAAACUAAAAGAGGAAUAGUGUGUAAAAACAAAAACAAUCUUCACUUUUGAAACACUUCAAAGAAUUAUGAUGUAAUUUACGGAAAUAUCAGUUUAUUUUAACUUAAUUGCCAAUUUCAUUCAUUAAAAUGAAACAGCGGCUUUUCUACUUUUUUCCCCCUCAUCUUAAGUUACCUUUAAAGUUAGUUUAAUCUCAAAUGAAGUUGAGUUUCAUUUGUAUGUCCUCACAUUUUUGCUUUUUUUUUUUUUUUUUGAUUUGUCCUUUUUGUGAAUGUAUAAGUGAAAAAUUACUGCA